UCUACCACCCUCCCGUGUGUUUGCUUUAGCCCUCCAGUUUUGCUUCGGUGCAUUUCCAUCACGUUGAGUCUGUAAGUGGCGAUAUCUCUCUCUCUCUUGCUCUUUCUUCAUCUGUCUGAGCCUGUGAUUAGGUCUGUCGGUCCUUUCCCUCUCUUUCCUCCGUUUUCUACUUUCCUUUCCAUUCCAACAUGUUCCAAAACCAGUGGAUUACUAACUAUCUCAACCACGUCACUCAGUGUAGUCAAGGGUUAGUUAGUGAAGCUUCUGCUAAGAUCUACAGCCCUGCACUGCUGAAGAAAAGAGCAGCAAGCUUUGGUGUGGAUGACAGGACAUCACUGGUUAAAAGUACAAACCAGAGUACAACAGAAAUUGAUGCAAACAUCCUAGCUGUACUGCCCAAAGUUUCAGAGCUAAGGAAGCAAUUUGAAACCUCCAUCAAAAGUGAUCCAGAAAUGAACAGGAAAGAGAGAAUUGCACGAAGGUUGGAGGGGAUUGAGGCUGAUGUUCCACCUGCUCUUACUACAAGCAUGCAACAUACAGCUGGCCUGGUGACCAACCGACUACUGGAGGAGGACACACCACGUUAUACACGUGCUUCAGAUCCCAGCGAUCCAGGCAUUGUGGUGCGACGCUACAGCCGUGAUGAGAUAGAAGCUCCUGAGCGGCAGUCCAGAGGUCGAACACGUCCAGAUCCACAGUUGUCCGCACACCCUGAGCCAGUUGGUCCUACGCCAGCUGGUUCUGAUGCAGCCAGCCUCAGCUCUAAAGCCGAGCGGAUUGCACGCUACAAAGCUGAACGUCGGCGACAAUUAUCAGAACGUUACGGAAUUCUCCUCGACCAGGAGGUGGAUCUGGAUUACACACCACGCUACACACGUGCACGAAGAGAGUCUGACCUGUCGGACAAAGGGGCUCCUCCUGACAGGGGACGUGGUGAGAGCAGGACAAGGGGCGUGGCAUUGCAAGAACAGGAGGAGGGGCGGGACCGAAGCAGCAGCAGGUCUAAAUACAGCAGUUCAGGAAUAGGGCGAGUCUUCAUGCCUUCUGACCCCGCCCCCAAUCCUGCUCCUCCUCCAUCAGGCUUUGAUGCUGAGCGAGAGAGAGAGAGGGCAAUGAACUUGGAAAAUUAUAGACGAGCACCUGACCGAAGUAUGAAAACACACCCACAGGAACCACCGGUUCCAAUGGAAACAACAUCAGCCCAACCAGCGAGGGGUGUCGCUGUUGUCACUGUAGCAAGUUCUCCUAGGACAGCACGCAGAGCUUCGUUACCCACAACACGACAUGGCAUCUCUCCUGGAGACUUGUUCAUCGAGCAACAAGCUCAAAAUAUCCUCAACAGACAGGGGGAGUCUAAAGGAGAUCAGGUUCCCAUGGAGAUUGAUCCAGUUGUCAACAGUGACCGGGAGAAAGAAGCACGUCGGCCCAGACGUUACAUUUCCCCUGGAGAUGACAGGAAGUCAUCUGAGAGGUUUAGAACCCAACCAAUCACAUCAGCCGAAAGACUGGAGUCUGAUAGGUCCCGUCUUAGUCCAGAGCUUCAGCAUGCAGAAUUGGAUGAAGAAAAAAUGGAUGAACGAGCAAAAAUGAGUGUGGCAGCCAAGAGGUCUCUUUUCAGGGAGCUGGAGAAGACUUCAGAUGGAGGUGUCCCCAAACCUCGAUCACGCAAUGCUGCUGUUGAGCGGAGACUCAGACGAGUGCAGGAUCGUUCACGGACACAGCCGGUCACGACAGAGGAAGUUGUCAUUGCCGCUACUUCCCCCGCUCCCUCAUCCCAAGUCAUCACUAUUCAAACCACUGCUCCCAGAAUCCCCAGUCCUGCUGUAGUCAGCACGUCCAUGACUAGUUUCAGUCUGCAGGCAUCAUCAGCACAUGGAUCGACUCAGGAGAAAGAAGAGGUUUCGAAGGAGUCCGUUCCGGGAGAAGAGGAUUUGGGUCCCGAGGAGCCAGACUUAUCAACACUAAGCCUUACUGAGAAGAUGGCAUUAUUCAGUCGCUUGUCACAACCCUCUGGCCAAUCAGCAAACGGAACCCGUCCUGACACACGCCAGCGGAGAGCCAACACCCGCUUUCAGACUCAACCUAUCACCCAGGAUGAGGUUGAUCAGGAACAUGCAAAAGGUGUAGACCCGUCUGGUCUCACAGAUCAACCCGCUGUGACUAAUGAUUCUGCUGGUCCCCGUCAGAGCGAGCAACUGCAAAAUGGGAACGUGAAGUUGGAGCCUCUCUCUGCAUCACUUGUCCGCUCUGUUACCGCGGUCACCACCCAGGCCUCUGUUGCCACGGUGAUAAGUGCUUCCCCAUCAAUGACCGCAGAUGUUCGCAUGGGGAUCUCUGCAGCUCCACCCACCACUCAGGCCUCACCCAAUCAGGCGGUCUCCGCUCAGCUUCCUCCCUAUGAAAGAGGAGUUCGAUACUUCAGUCUUACAGAGAGUGGGGAAAGACCCACACCUGAUGUUCAGUCCCCGCCCCCCACAGAGCUGCCUGGCCAAUCGGCAUACAGCAAGGGUGUGGCUGACGAGAGUGGGCAGAGGGGAAGACUAGGGUAUUUAAGCAGAGAGGAGAGAGACAUAGUGCCCCCCAGUGUGACUUCUCCUCCGCACACACAUGCGCUCAGACACACUCCCCCGCAUGGCAGGGGAGAUGCAGAACUGAGUGGCCCACGGGAGAGGGAGAAAGAGGGUACACCCGUCUCGCAGGGAGGCUACCUCUCGCCAGACGCCCAUCAGACAGCAAAUGGAAGCGGUACCAGAGCCAUCGUCUCAGAUGUUUCUGAUCCCAGAAAUCCCGUGAAGACAGUGAGCACAUCUGCAGUCAUCUCCAGAAGUUCUUCACACACCUCAAACGCUCUCACUUACCUCCAGCAAACCCAGUCCUACACGCCUCCGCACCCUCAAAUCUACACCCCACCCCACUCUAGACCUCAAACACAACCCUACAGCCCGCUGACACCACCACAGACACCGGCCAAACCACAAACACACCUUACUUCUGACUCUCAGGUUCACAUCCACAUUGACUCUCAGGGCCCUCCAUGGCAAACCCAGCUGUUCCCUGAACCCCAGCGGCAGGUGCAACCCAGAGUCCCGCCGCAGACGCAGCCCAAACCGCAAUCUUUCCUUCUACCUCAGUCACAUGCCUACAUACCCCCUCAACCCAAGAUACCCCCUCAAACCCAACCAAAACCCCAGUGCUUCAUACCCCCUCCAACCCAGCUCCAAGAAGAGACCCUGGGAAAAUACGGCCUGUCUGGCCUCGUCGUCUCCAAAGACCAAAAGCCAGAGAUCCACGAAGAUCCAGAGGCCAUGACAUCUAUGUCAAUCAAAGAGAGAUUAGCCAUGUUGAAGAAGAGUGGAGAGGAAGAUUGGAAAAACAGGAUCAACAAGAAACAAGAAGUUAAACAGGAAGUGGUGUCCGUAAGCGAGAAGAGUAGUCAAAUAAUGGAGGAGCAAGGCUUUAAGAAAAAGGACGAGACUGUUAUCAGAGAGUUUGCAUCAUCUGAGCAGCUCUGGGAGCCUGUCUUUUCUUCCACCUACUCUCCUCCUCCUCUCCCAUCUACCCCAAAAUGCCAAUAUGUAGAACAACAAGGCCAGAAGCUUGAAGAGGGGGAGGGGCAGAUGUCAAUUGAAGAAAGGAAGCAGAUGAUCUCGACACGGGAGGAGGCGUGGCAGAGUACAGGGAGGGGCGUGGCCAAUGACUCCAGCCAAUACACUGUGGCUGCCAGGAUGGUGAAAAAAGGUCUGGCUGCUUCCUCUGCAGUGAUCAGCCCUAUUCUGUCUCCGGUCUCUGCUAAACUGAAGAGCAGUGUGCCUGCUAUCUCGAAGCCACAGGAAGAAAUCGAGGCCAGAGCAGAGAUGGAAUCUGAUAAGAAGCUGGAAAAGCUGGAGACGUUUUUAGGGCGUUUGAACAGUAAAGUAUCAGGUUUGCAGGAGACGACUUUGACGGUGACUGAGAAAGCCGUGAAGGAAGUGAUGCGACUGGAUGAUGAGAUCUUUUCAAAGUUUUACCGCCACGUCACAGAUAUUCCCCGCAGCAGGAUGCAUCUAGAUGAGGACUUUGAUGCCAUCUUCGGAAAACAAACUCCAACCUUGACAUCAGCUAUGGUGCAGCACAAGCGGGCCGUUCGUCCCUCCCGUAAUGUCCAGGCCUCCAGGAACCCCUUAAAGAUUCUCGCUGCCAGAGAAGACAUCCGACAGGAGUACAUCGAGGAGAGACUGAACGUCGGUCAGCUAGAAACCAAGAGAAUUAAACAGGAGAAAAUGAGCAAGAGCUCCAGUUUGUCGGAUGCAGCUCUGGCUGGUUUGGCCAGUAAAGAGAGCUACAGCAGUGUGAGUCUGCGCAGUGUCAGCGUCUCGGAGCAGAUGACCAAUAACAGCGCAGCUCCCUUCAAAAAACUCAUGCUCAUGCAGGUCAAAGGUCGACGUCAUGUCCAGACCAGACUAGUGGAGCCUAGAGUGUCCUCUCUGAACAGCGGUGACUGUUUCCUACUGGUCACGCCGGAGCAUUGUUUUGUUUGGAUCGGAGAGUUUGCAAAUGUCAUUGAAAGAGCCAAGGCAUCAGAACUGGCCACUUUCAUCCAGCUGAACCAUGAUCUUGGUUGUCGAGCUGCACUCGUAGAGACGAUCGAAGAAGGAGUAAAUGCACAAAGCCCCGCAGCUGCUGAGUUCUGGAAGAUCCUGGGAGGACCAGCCAACUACCACUCGGCCGGGUCUCCAGACGAGGAUGAGAUGUAUGAAAGUGCCAUUGUGGAGACAAACUGUAUCUUCCGUCUUGUGGAUGAUAAACUGCUUCCUGAUGAUGAUUUCUGGGGAAAAGUGCCUCGUAGUACACUUUUGGGCUCUAAAGAGGUUGUAGUGUUUGACUUCGGUAGUGAAGUGUACGUGUGGCAUGGUAAAGAGGUCACGCUGGCUCAGAGGAAAGUGGCGUUUCAGCUGGCCAAGCACCUUUGGAACGGGACGUUUGAUUAUACCAACUGUGACAUCAACCCUCUGGACCCUGGAGGACACAACACGCUCAUACCGAGGAAAGGUCAAGGUCGCCCAGACUGGGCCAUAUUUGGCAGACUGACCGAACACAAUGAAACAUGUCUUUUUAAAGAGAAGUUCUUGGACUGGAAAGAUGCUUCUAGACUGUCACCUAAAAAUGUCAUCGAGCACCCCUUCCAGCAGAAGGAGUCUCCGGGCGCAGAUUCUCGUUCUGAGUGUCGGGCGUACAGCGCCUCUCUGAUGCUGCCGGUCCUGCAGUCGCCCAUCUGCACAGUUCUGGACGGUCAGAAUGUGGGUCGAGGACAUGGUCCAGUUGAGAAGGGCUCGGAUGACUGCAUGCGCUCUCUGGAGAUCAGCACGGUUUCUGUUGAUGUCUGGCACAUCCUAGAGUUCGACUACAGCCGACUGCCCAAGCAGAGCAUCGGCCAGUUUCACGAGGGAGACGCUUAUGUAGUGAAAUGGAAGUACAUGGUGAGCGCAGCAGUGGGCAGCAGGCAGAAGCUGGAUCAGGUGCGCAGUGCGGGUCCCGGCAGAGAGAAGUGCUGCUAUUUCUUCUGGCAGGGCAGAAACUCGACAGUCAGUGAGAAAGGAACGUCUGCACUCAUGACUGUUGAACUGGAUGAAGAGAGAGGAGCACAGAUGCAGGUCCAGCAGGGGAAGGAGCCGCCCUGUUUCCUGCAGUGUUUCAAUGGAGGGAUGAUUGUGCACUCUGGGAAGAGAGAAGAAGAAGAGGAGAACAUUCAGAGUGACUGGCGUCUGUACUGUGUGCGUGGUGAGGUUCCUGUAGAGGGCCAUCUGCUGGAGGUGGCAUGUCACUGCAGCAGUCUGCGAUCACGCACAUCAAUGGUCCUUCUGAACAUCAACAAAGCCCUCAUCUACCUGUGGCACGGCUGCAAAACUCAAACAGACACACGCCAUGUUGCUCGAACCGCCACAGAGAAGAUCAAAGAACAACGUCCACUGGAGGCGGGACUUCACAGCAGCUGCAAUGUGACCAUUCAUGAAUGUGAGGAAGGUGGCGAGCCAGUGGAAUUCUGGGAAGCGUUAGGCAGGAAGGACCGCAAGGCAUACGACUGCAUGCUUCAAGACCCUGGCAAGUUCAACUUCACGCCGCGUCUGUUCCAGCUCAGUAGUUCUUCGGGUGAGUUUGUGGCGCAGGAGUUCUUCAACCCAUCCAGAGCCACAGAGCUUGUUUGCUCCCUGCCGUUCCUGCAGGAGGAUCUGUACUCUGCCCCUCAGCCAGCUCUGUUCCUUGUGGAUAACUUUCAUGAAGUUUACCUGUGGCAGGGCUGGUGGCCGCAGGAUACUGAGUGUACCGGUUCUGCCCGCAUCCGCUGGGACGCAGACAGGAAGUGCGCAAUGGAAACAGUGUUGCAGUACUGCAGAGAAAAGAACGAGAAGAAGCCUCAGAAGUCAUACUUGAUCCAUGCUGGAUUGGAGCCUCUGACCUUCACAAACAUGUUCCCCAGCUGGGAGCACAGAGAGGACAUUGCUGAAAUCACAGAGAGGGAGGCAGAAGUGUGUAACCAGAUCAUUCUGGUGGAGGAUGUCCUGGCUCAACUGUGUCAGAGCACUUAUCCUCUAGCAACACUGCAAACCCGUCCCCUUCCCCACGGCGUCGACCCGCUGAGGCUCGAGAUGUACCUGACCGACGAGGACUUUGAGGCGGGGGUGUAGGGAAUUCUGAGUGGCGAGUGUUAGACAUGAAGAGAGAAGAGUUUGACACUCUGCCUGGGUGGAAGCAAGUGAACCUAAAAAAAGCCAAAGGACUCUUUUAGAAGCCUGACUAAAGUCAUCACGGUGACAGAUUUAGCACUGUCCAUUUCCUUAAUGGUUCUGCGCUCACCUCAGCAUUUAGACCUCUCUCGGUGAGGAGAAGUGGUUGUGCACUGAGAACAGUGUAAACGGUCAGGUCAAAGGUCACUUUAGGAUCUACAGAUUCACCUGCUGUGGCGUCUGCUUUUGAUGUGUUUCUGAAGUCUGUGGAGGUGAUGUCUGUGUGACGAUCUGUGGUCUGUAUGCGAGUAUGUUCAUGUAACAUUUAAAACAAGUUCAUGAUAUGAAUCGACUCACCUUCCCAUUCGGUACGAUCUGCAAUGGGUUUUUAUUGUGAUGUGUGUUAAUGUUUGAGAAGUCUGCUGAAUAAUUGGAAAUUGUAUAAACUUUGUAGCAAAAGAUGAAAAUCCUGUGUGAUCGCUCUAAAUGUUGUCAUGUGUCUUAGAAUGUUUCUUUAUGAUUCGAGAGGAGUUGACAUGUUCUUUGUGUGUGGUAUUCUCGUGUGAAUGGCUGUUGUGAUGGUGCUGGUCUCUUUUUCUUCAGGUGUGAGGGACAUCAUGUUGGUUUGUAUUUGGACAGCAUGGAAUAACGGAUGAGAGAAAGAAAAGAUAUUAAUUUAAAUGUACAGUAUAGUGCCUUGCUUCUGUGUACAGUUUCUAUACCAGACACACACUAGUCUGCAUUUCAGAGACUUUCUUUGUGAUAAAAGAAAUAAAUAGUGAAUAAAGCAUAUUAAAAAU